CGAAUCAAUGGGAAAGCCUCGACCGGUGAACCGCAUUGUUGCCUCGUGCCGUCGAAGAGCGCGCGGUAGUUCGGAGCGCAUGGCGGUCAUGUGAACCCCGCCUUGCUUUGUUGCUGAUUAUAUUUGCUUGUUGACGACAACGAGCACAUACCCUGAUCUCCACGCGCGCAUUUUCGUGCACUUCCACUUCCCUUCCCGCGUCGACUCCCCGUCCGCUCUCGCUCUACAACACGCACACAACACACGCCAACAAAGCAAUGGCUUACGCAUACACUCUCGACCGCUCGCAGCUCGCCUGGGGCGUUAGCAAGAAAGAGGAAAAUGCGACGCUGGAGCGCGAGGCCGUCCGCCUCCUCUCCCUGUACUUCGACUCCUACACUGCCGAAUUCCCCACCAUCGAGGAAGUCAAGCUCGCAAGCAAGAUGGUCCAGCAGGGUUGGCUCGACAAUAUGGGAGACGAGGUCCCAACCGAGGAGGAGCAGUCUCCCCAAGAAGCCAUGGACCUCUCCGAAGAAGUCGCGGUCCCCGUCGAGUCCCAAUCCGCCGUCGUAGAGAUGUGGCCUCCCAACGACAUUUUCGAGGAUGACGAAAAAUACAUCUUCUCCUCCCACCCUAGCUUUGAGCAGUGUCACAUCAACCCCCUUCCCCGCGAGACCGUGAAAGCCGACCAAGAUGCACAGAAAGCCAACGCGGGCUAUUGCCCUGCACUCCGCCUCCGUCGCAUGCGUCAGGAUUUUGCCUUCGACAGCACCAAUUAUCAGGCGUACCUCGCCCGCAAGGCGUACGACAUUUCAGUCGACGAGUACUACCGCAGCCAGAACCAUAUCUUGAGCCCGUCGGAUAUUGCGAGUCAGAGGGGCAGCAUGCGAGAGAUGCCUCUUCGCAGGUGGUUGCUCGUCAGGAAUGCCGAGGCGAUGCGGGCGCCGCCGCCGCCCACAGCGGACGAGUAG